CUUCCUCUAAUAGAAUGUUUGCUGGUUCUAUUUAUUAGGCAAGAAGUGCCACUAGCAACCUGUAUAAUGACCUUCUAUAUCAAAUGAUCUCCAUCCACUAUUGUUAGCAAUAUCUGAUCUUGACAAGGAAUACAGAGGACCUUCUACUUGAGGGACCCGUGAACACUGACUCUUUGUAGAUAUUGCAUAAUCUUGUUAAAGUUCACCACCGGACAAACAUCGUGCUGGUGUCUUAUAUACAGUAAAUCCUGAGUUCCAAGGAACAGUAGAGAGAAACCUGGAGCUUCAAUUGUGAUUGCAGGGAUUGUUCACCAUUUGCUUCUGCUUUAUAUCUACAGGUCACAUUGUUAAUAACUGCUGAAAACUUCUUACCUGAGCAGCUGCAAGUAAAAAGGAGAUUCAAUUCAUGGCUCAGCAUAAUUCACUUUCCUACAAUAAUGAGAAGUCGAAGAACACACUUUUGACAAGCAAUAGAAGUUGUUUGGAGCCACUUAAAAGUCCUUUCAGCUCUUACAGUCAAUCACCAGAGAUACCUGGGAGCCCUACUUAUGCUAUGGAGUUCUUGUGUCGAUCGUGGAGUCCAUCUUCCAAUAAUCUCCUGCAAAUGUUUUCAUCAAGUAAUCCCUUCUUGAGAGACACAGGAGGCAUAGAGGAUCAUGAAGGAAAAGAGGAGGAAACACAUGAGGAUGUAACCAGCCGAGUUAUAACCAACAAAGAGGAUAUCAAGCUGGAUUUGCAUCACAUGAAGGAAUGGUUUAAAAGCAAGCCAUUGGGAAAAUUCUUUAGAUCACAUCAAGAGAAGAAAGAGCGACUCCGACUUCAAACAGCACAACUACAUGCUGCGCUUUCUCUCACACAGCUGGCUUCAGCAAUUGCUGGCUUUGCCAGCAGCAGCAGCUCAGAAGCACAAGAAUGGUACCACAUAAAUUCUGAAACGGGAGGAGAAUGGAGCCAUGGUACGGGAAGUGUAGUUGCUUCUGCUGCUGCUCUGAUGACUACAGUAUGUGCAGAGGCAGCAGAAUCUCUGGGAGCAGGACGAGCCAAAGUUGCUUCUGCAGUCAAUUCUGGCCUAGCCAUCAGAACACCAAUGGAUAUGAUUGCAGUAACAGCAACAGCAGCAACCUGUCUUAGAGGUGCUGCAAUUCUAAAAUCAAGAGCAAAGACUGAUCCCUUCCCUAGGAUCCCAGAUUUUUUGACAGUAGGCACCCGAAUUUGGAUAAUAAUGCCAUCAGGACGGAAAGAAGAUAAAUGGAUGACUCUACACUCGAAGCAAAAUCAGCUCGUGCUGAGCCUGAAAAGGAAGUACUUUGGAGCUCUAAGAACUUCAAAAGAAUACAAGCUUAUUAACAUCACAAAAGAAAGUCCCGAGGCUCAAUACAAUUACUUACUGAGCUUGAAGACUAACAAUGGGAUUAUCAAGCUCCUUUUCGAAGAUGAGAAGCAAUCAUGCAUGUGGAUGUCUACCAUUUCCAGUCUCUUAAAGAUGUAGAAAGCCUCUUGAGAAAAGUUUUGUUCCACCAUUCAGAAGAAUAAAUCUUGUAUCAUACCAACACUCUUUAUUAUCUGUCAACUCAAAAAGUGAUCAAGCACCAAUACAAAAACCACGUUGUAGAAAUAUGGAUCUUUCAUUACAAUAUUGAGCUACAUUGAAGCCAAUAAUAUUCCCAAAAAAG